GGUGGCGGAGGCGGGAGUAUCAGGAUGAAGAACUUUACGCCAGGAGGGGGAGCCGCGGCCACGGCUACCAGAAAGAACUCAACCAACAACGAGCCCAGCCUACUGCAAGCAGAGGGUGCGCCUGCUGCUACUAAGCUCACUGUAGCAUCCAAAGCGACUGAUACCACAACCUGUCCGGGAGAUGCUGCCGGGCGCGGCGAGACCAACAGAGCGGCAGGGGCGGAGGCGUCUGGAGCAGCUGUCGCAGUAGAGGUUUUAAACGCGGCAGCAGGUGAUGCUUGCAACACCACCGCUCCAAUUUUAAGAAUGAAAUGCAACAAAAACGGAGAAUGCAGGAGGGACUCCGGCACCGGGAGCCUGCGCUCGAUCAUCUCCAACAAGACUGCCGGGGCGGGGAGGGCCGAGGACUCGUCCCUUAGGCGCGGUGCUUGUAACUCAGCCAGGGCCAGCAUGGAUGGCUCCACGACAGGGUCCAUGACGCAGGGCCAGGGGGAAGGUAGCGUAAACCCCGGCGUCACCCCGGUUUCCACCGGCGUCCCCGAGAAAAAGGACUCCAGGGUGUCCUUCUCCAACGCGCCGAGCAGGAAAGCGUCCUCAUCGCUGCACGGCUCGACCCAGACUCAGACGACCCAGCAGCCUAGAAACUCUGUCACCUUCCAGAAGCCCGAGGAUGGACCCCAGAUCCAGGCCGAGGAUGCCGAGCCUGACGGAAGCACCUUCAUGCAGCGACAAUUCAGUGCCAUGCUGCAGCCUGGAGUUAACAAAUUCUCCUUACGCAUGUAUGGGAGUCAAAAGGCGGUGGAGAGGGAGCAAGAGCGGGUUAAAUCAGCGGGCAAUUGGAUUAUCCACCCCUACAGUGAUUUCAGGUUCUACUGGGAUUUCACAAUGCUUCUCUUCAUGGUGGGUAACCUGAUUGUCAUCCCGGUGGGCAUCACCUUUUUCAACGAUGGGACGACCACCCCCUGGAUCAUCUUCAACGUCAUCUCCGACACCUUCUUCCUCAUGGACCUGGUCCUCAACUUCCGCACGGGCAUCAUCAUCGAGGACAACUCUGACAUCAUCCUGGACCCCAAGACCAUCAAGUGGACGUACCUGAAGACCUGGUUCAUCGUGGACUUUGUCUCCUCGAUCCCCGUGGAUUAUAUCUUCCUGAUCGUGGAGAAGGGGAUCGACUCUGAGAUGUAUAAGACGGCCAGGGCCCUGAGGAUCGUACGCUUCACUAAGAUCCUGAGUCUGCUAAGGCUGCUGAGGCUGUCCCGGCUCAUCCGCUACAUCCACCAGUGGGAAGAGAUCUUUCAUAUGACCUAUGACCUGGCCAGUGCAGUGAUGCGUAUCUUCAACCUGAUUGGUAUGAUGCUGCUGCUGUGUCACUGGGAUGGCUGUCUGCAAUUCCUGGUUCCCAUGCUGCAGGACUUCCCCCAGGACUGCUGGGUCUCCCUCAACAAGAUGGUGAAUGACACGUGGUCUGAGCUGUAUUCGUUUGCAGUGUUCAAGGCGAUGAGCCACAUGUUGUGUAUCGGCUACGGUCGGCAGGCCCCGGAGAGCCUGUCUGAUAUCUGGCUCACCAUGCUCAGCAUGAUCGUAGGGGCCACCUGCUACGCUGUGUUCAUAGGCCAUGCCACAGCACUCAUCCAGUCCCUGGACUCGUCCCGACGACAGUAUCAGGAGAAGUACAAACAAGUGGAGCAGUAUAUGUCCUUCCACAAGCUGCCAUCCGACUUCCGACAGAAAAUCCAUGACUAUUAUGAACACCGGUACCAGGGGAAGAUGUUUGAUGAAGACAGCAUCCUGGAGGAGCUGAACGAACCACUCAGAGAGGAAAUUGUAAAUUUCAACUGCCGUAAGCUGGUGGCGUCCAUGCCGUUGUUCGCCAACGCAGAGCCCAACUUUGUGACAGCCAUGCUGAUCAUGCUCCGCUUCGAGGUCUUCCAGCCCCGUGAUUACAUCAUCAGAGAGGGCACCAUCGGCAAGAAGAUGUACUUUAUCCAGCACGGAGUCUGUAACGUCAUCACCAAGGGAACCCUGGGAAUGAAGCUCUCUGAUGGCUCCUACUUUGGAGAGAUCUGUUUGCUGACGCGGGGUCGGCGUACGGCCAGUGUCAGAGCGGAGACGUACUGCCGUCUCUACUCCCUGUCUGUGGACAACUUUAAUGAGGUCCUGGAGGAGUACCCCAUGAUGAGACGGGCAUUUGAGACCGUGGCUAUCGACCGACUUGACCGCAUAGGCAAGAAGAACUCCAUUCUGAUGCACAAAGUGCAGCAUGACCUCAACUCCGGCGUCUUCAACAAUCGUGAGAAUGAGAUGAUCCAGGAGAUCGUCAAGUACGACCGUGAGAUGGUCAAACUGGUGGACCUCCAGAGACCCCGCACCAUGUCCAUGACUUCCUCCGUCCCUGGGGGUAUGUUCUCCCCCGCAGGCCCGUCCGGGGUCGGAGCCCUUGCCAGCCUCCAGCAGGCUGUGGCCAUGAGCUUCUGCCCCCAGGGGAUGGGGCCGAUGGCAGGGUCAGGGACACUGCAGUCCCCCCGCAUGUUGCGGAGGUUCCAGGUGGUCCAUAGCCUGUCUCAGAGCCCAGUUUCCGCUCCUCUCCAGUCUCAGCCACCACAGAUGGCUCAUGCAACAGGGGUGUUUGGGUCGGCUAUUUCCAGCCCACCAGUCCAGAGCCCUCUGGCUCAUCCGGGACGGACAUUCCAGUACAUGGGGGGAGCGGGGCCGUCUGGGUCUCAGCUGUCCCUGGUGCAGCACCACGUUCCCAGCCCCACGCACACCAUCCAGAGGCCCUCCUCACACAAGAGCACCCACUCGCUCCACUCAGGAACCCUGAGCCAGGAUGCCCGUGGCCUCUCUGCCUCCCAGCUCUCCCUCCCUCAGGAUGGAACCCCUCCUGCCGCCCCCAGCCCUCCCCAAUCUACCCACCCAUCCACCCACGCCUCAUCCACCUCCAUCGGCCCCCCUCAGCCCACUCACCCCAGCCAGCCGGGGCCCUCCGGGGUGGGGGUCCAGGUUGGGGGGAGACCCGGGAGCUCCACAGCGGGUGGCCUUCGCCUCCACUCCUCCCCAGGAGGAGCACCCGGGAUGGGGGCGGCUGCAGCGGCGGCUGGGUCGGGGCUUCCGGCCUCUGGAGCUCCUAAGAAGGAUUCGAUCGUUAGCAUACCGGAGUUAGACUUGGCCCGGAAACGGCUGUCUUCCAACUUGUGACCCUAUGAGAGCUGCAGGAGAGAGGCCUUCUUCACGUGGGUGAAUCUAAACGUCUGUUUAUCUCUGUCUGGAUGACCUGACUGGUCGUCUUCCUUACUGACCGGGCUGGCUUCAUACGGGCCACACCGUCAGUCAUUCUAACUCUAACUGUUGGAGUCAACGAAGAGGAAAGAGGAACUCUUUGACUCGUGUGACUUGGAGAGUCGAAACAAUUAAACUAGUUUAACAAAGGUGGGUCUGGACUAUUCUACUAUGCCAGCACCUUUAGUCUUAGUAUCACCCCUUACACUCUGCUUCCAAACACCUAUAUUGCUGUCUUUAUUGUAAAGAUAUUCAGAAAAAACGUAAUUAAUGUAACUGUUGCAUACUGUGUAGAAUCCAUUCAAUGCAAUCUAGCAGGAGCUGGACUUAAAAAACGAAAAAUCAGGGACUUGAAUCAAAUGACAAUGAUGACAUUUUACGCUUUCAGAAUGUGUUUUUGGGUGUCCUUUUUUCUGUAUACGCUGUUGUAGCAAGAUAAAUACAUUGCUCUUCAUAUUGUUUAAAAUAGUAGUGAAAAUAGUGUUUUAGACCGCUGGUCGAUCUUACAUCGAUGUGUAAAUAGUUAAGAUAGUUAAAAAAUAUACAGAAAGAUAAUAUCUUCAUUGUAACUACGCCAAACCAAAGUUGAGCUUGAACACAAAGUUUGGUUGUGUCUGUAUCAACUAAAAAAGACAUAUAGAAGAAAAUGCCAUUUAUUCAACUGCCUUGAUUCCAAGUUUAGAAGCCAUAUAUUUGGUUUGUGUGUGUGUGUGUGUGUGUGUGUGUGUGUGUGUAUGUGUGUGUGCGUGAGUUGGUAUGCAUGUUUUUGGUUCCAUUCUGUUUUUCCAAGAGAGCUGACUUCUGUACUCUGUAUCUUUACACUGCAUUGUCAGGCCCGGUUGGUUGGAUUUGCUGGCAAUGGCACAGGCAAUAUUUCCCAGCUUCUCUGUCCAACUAAAUGUGUCUGGAAAGAUAUCUACUUGUCAUGUCAGCAGAAAUAUACUGAUCGUGACCCUGGAGGCAAAAAUGGUGGUAAAUCACCUGAGCUUUAUCAAAAAGAACCAUCGCAAACAACCCAUAAUGUAUACUUGCUUGUUUUCGUCCAGGUUUAUUGAUUAAUACAUGCAAUAUAAUUCUGCAAUACUCUUACCCCGCCUAUAUAUUUAAAUAUAUAUAUAAAAUGUAUAUACAUAUGCUGUACAGAUAACUAAUUUCUUUAUUUUUACUGUGAAACCUUAAAGAAUCCAGCAGCUGCCGUGGCUUCACUUGUUGUGUUAGUGUAAUCCAGUGAUCAUGUUGUUAUCUUAACCAAAAAUGUCAGAGGAAGUGAGUGGAUGUAAUUAUUUUGUGGAUCAAAUGAGGCAAACUGGUUUCAAACCGGUUCAGGGUCACCUGAGGAUUCCGGAAUGGAGUUAUGGAAAUCAACUCCCCCCAAACUGUCACUUUAAAGUCCAUUUUAAGUAAUAUUGUACGUUGUAAAGCAAGACUAACUCAUUGACAGAAUGCAUGCCAAUGGGAAAUGUUGUGGGGCAGAAGAGGCGGAAAGUAUUUCUUCACCUGUGUGUGUUUGGUGUUGUAUGUAUAUUGAGCAAGUGAUGCAGCUCCUUCAAAUCCCAAAAUCUACGAAUGUCUGUACGAAAAUAAUUUAUUCUUCAGUAAUCCUAUUUAGUUAUCAAAAUUCAUGGUUGUGGUGGGUUGUGACAUUGAUUCUAAAUAUUCUAAUGAUUCUAAUCCUGGUGUACUUCAAAGCCUUCUCUUGCUGAAUGUAUGCCAUAUGAGGGGGAAGACAGCUAAUCAGAAAAAAACUGCCAUGUAAAUACAAGGACCGAAAUUAUUCUGGGUGAUGAUGCGAAGGGAGAUUGUGUCGCUGAAUGUUUGUGCUUUGUUUCUUAGGUUUGUUGCUUCUCUGGUUUGGGUGUGUUCUGUAUGUAAACUGUGUGUUACCCUGUUCUCUGUUUUAUGACAAGACAAUACACUUUUUUAAAUGAAUGGAUGUAGGAUAGAGAAUUGAAACCAUUUUCAGUUUGUCACUGAGAACUAACUCUUUGGUUCAAAGUAACACAGCAAAGUUGAGCUCAGCAUUAAGCACAUUAUGUCACAUUAUUACCUUUUAAGCAAAGGGGAAAUCACUGCUUCAGUCUUUUACAAUGGUCACAUCUGGUUAACCUAAUAAUGUCUGUGGAGAAAUCUGGGAGACAAUUGGCAGCUGACUCGAUGUACCAUUUCUGACUUUUGAAGCUUUGAACUUUCAUGAUGAUGGACAUUUCACUCAGGGUUGCUACCUUUCCGGAAAGAUAUACAGAUAUGCUAUCUUAAUUUGAUCACUCUGUUGUCACAGAGAAUAUUCCUGUGCAGCAGGAAAUGCAAAUUGUAGUGUAUU